AUGUUCUCUCGCAUUGCUCUUCUUCCCGCAUUUCUCCCCGUGGCUUUGGCCUGUCUGGGCUACGAGGGAGGUGUUCCCACACCAACAGCCCAUUACUCCAACAGUGCCGUGAUUGAGAUCGCAGCCGGCGAGGUCUUCGACGCCGGAUGGGCCAAGUACGACCGCGGGUCUGGUGCCUGCGGUGGCCAAACAGAGGGAGACUGGAAAGAUGACGUCUUUUACCUUCACUCCGGCGCUACUCUGAAGAAUGUUAUCAUCGGUGCCGACCAAUCCGAAGGUGUCCACUGCGAUGGCGCUUGUACCCUUGAAUUUGUCUGGUUCGAGGACGUCUGCGAAGACGCUAUCAGCAUCGUACGUCCCAAGUCCACCACACGCCUCACUUCCCCUCUAACAAUACACCCAGAAAAACGACAAAGAAGGAGAAGAAACCUGGAUCAUCGGCGGUGGAGCCUAUCACGCCGACGACAAGGUCGUCCAGCACAACGGCUGCGGUACUGUGAACCCAGUGCAAGCGCAACGUGUAUGUCGAGGGUACCACUGCCCGUGAUGGUGGUGAGGUUGUUGGCAUCAACCAGAGCUUUGGAGACACUGCUACUCUGGUCAAUGUCUGCACUGAUGCGGAUCAUCCUUGUGUUUUGUAUGACGGAUGUGAGGGUGAUUGGUUUGUUGUUAGGAGAAUUGCAAUAG